AAGAUCUGGGAGUCAACAGGACAUCACAGACAUCACACAGACUUCCUAACAACACUGCUGAAAUUGAAAAUGGGAAACGUUCAACCCACCGUUGUUCCUUAUGCAGACUUUGAUGUGAUGUCUGAUAUCAACGGCAUACGCAAAGCCUGCACAGGUUUGGGGACAGAUGAAGAGGCCAUAAUUUUAAUUUUAGCCAACCGGUCUGCUGCCCAGAGGUUGGAAAUUAAGCAAGCCUAUUUUGAAAAAUUUCACAAUGAGCUGGAGAAGGUUCUGAAGGGCGAGCUAACGGGCAGCUUUGAAAAAGCCAUCAUUGCCAUGCUGGACCCUCCGCCUGUCUACGCCGCCAAGGAGCUCCGCAAGGCCAUGAAGGGGGCGGGCACUGACGAGGACGUGCUGGUGGAGAUCCUGUGCACCAGCAGCAACCAGGAUAUCAUAAACCUGAAAAAGGCCUACGCUAAAGUAAAUGGGCGUGACUUGGAGUCUGACAUUGAGGGUGACACGAGUGGAGAUGUGAAGAACCUGCUGACCUCUCUCCUUCAGGCCAACCGGGACGAAAACUAUGAGGUGGAUGAGGGCUUAGCUCAGAAAGAUGCAGCAGCAUUAAUCGAGGCUGGAGAGGGCCGGUUUGGGACAGAAGAGUCCACCUUCACCCACAUCCUCACACACAGGAACCACCUGCAACUCCAAGCCACAUUCAAGUCCUAUGCAUCACUCUGUGGCACUGACAUCCUGGACUCCAUAGAGAGUGAGGCCACUGGGACGUUAAAGGACUGCUAUAUCACCCUUGUGCGCUGUGCCAAAAACCCCCAGCUGUACUUCGCUCGCCGACUGAACGCUGCCGUGAAGGGAGCUGGUACUGACGAGAACACACUCAUCCGCAUCAUUGUGGCCCGCUCCGAGAUUGAUCUGGAGACCAUCAAAGACAUGUACCUGGAAAAGUAUGAUGUGACUCUGAAGGACGCGCUGAGCUCUGACUGCGGCGGCGACUUCAAGCGUCUGCUGAUGGAGCUCCUCCACUGAGAGACGGCCACGCAGACGGCCAAGCUGCCACACCAGCUGGCCUACUCUCAGCUCCUGCCAACCAACAGAAGGCAAACCUACUGCCUUCUCUUCGACAGGACCACGUGAUUGUGUACUGUUGUUUAAAUGGGACUAGUUAGAAACUCAACACUUUACCAGAUAUUUUAUUAUAUUUAUAAUAAAUUGUAUUAUAUUUAUUAUAUUUAUAAUAUAAUUUAUUAAUAAAACCAUGUGUAGUCUAUUUUAACACACUACUGGAAAUAAACUCACUUUAAGAACUUAGGCUUCGAAUCUUAGGCUUCAACUUUUGUUAAAUAUAAAGGUAUUCAGGUGCUUGUUUUAACUUGUGAAGAAAUUGCAGAAGGAGGAAUCUGCAGUAUGCCUCUGCUUAAUUUAUCAUUAGUUAUACUGUGUAUGCAUGUCAUUAAAAAAAAAAUAAACACUGCUUUGUUGCUGUAAAUUCAUAUACCGACGCAAUUAUAAUAUAUAAACACUAGCCUUUCACACCAUAACACCAGAAUGUAAGUUUCAAGUUAUGUAACUGUAUGAGAAAUUACACAGUAGGCUAUCUGAUUAACAUGCAAACAGGCAGGCUUGACUGGGAGUUUAGGCUACUAGGUACUAUUAUGUUAUUGCUGUGUGAAAUGGGAUGUGAAAAUAUGAAUUAAAACUAAACGAAAUAAACUCAACUAUAAGAUUAAU